UACCGUCAAACUACCAAUCCGCGGGGAUGGACUCGCCUCGCCUGGGAGUAGUGAGAGAAUCAAUGCUGGCCAACCCGCUUCUCUUCGGGCCCUCCCUUGGUCAUAGCCGCUCCAGCCAUCUCCCACUACCACGUCCCGGGCCGGAUUUUGUCUACGGGACCAGAAACACAGCUGCAGAUGGUGGUGUAGCUGAGGCUCUAUCAUUUUGGCGGGUGCAGCCGGCAGCGGGCGGUUCUGCGCGCCUGCAGCCUCUCCCGGUGGAUUACGUGUCCAUGAACAGAGAGGGACUCAAGUCCGGUCUGGUCACAGCUAAGGAGCUGACGCAGUACAAAGCUCAGUGGGCCAGUGAGAACCACCUCACCUUCAACCGCCCCCGAAACCACAGCCGGCCAACCAACCGGGCCAUCCCUGAUAUCACGUUUGGUAUCACGACAAGACCCCCGUCUCCACUGGCGGAUCUACUGGCUCAUCAUUAUGGUCAGCGCUGGAUAGAUGAACAACAGAGACACAUGAACUCAGAGACCAAACAACCAGACAAGGCUAAACUGUGUAUUUCAGACACCAGGACCAGUCUGUUGAGGAAGAGCAGACCUUUGCCAAAGUCUGAGCCCCAGUGUACAAUCAGACGCUUUACUAAGGUGGGCCCUGCCCUGGAUACCUUCAGAGACCCUGAGAGCCGCCUGAGGGCGUUUAGGGCCCACAGGUCAGACUGUGUGUCCAGGAGAGGGGCUCUUGGUCAGGGAACAUACAACCUGGACUAACCCUGUCAGCGCUUCUGGAGAGGGCAGGGCGGAAGAUGGAGCAGAAAAUAUACCUAUUCUUUUUCUGACGACUUCAAAGUGUUCUUUGUGUGGCUCAUGCGAUGAUGAUAUAGUUGAAAAUAGGUUUAUCAGAUUACAGAAUAUUUUACUCGAUUGUCAAAUCUUUUAUUCAUCAACUAAACACAUAAC